CUAUACAUGGUUAGGGAGAGAGUGCUGAAAAAGGGCAGGAUAAUUUGAAGAGAUUAUGUGUUUUUAAUAUUAAUAUAAUAAUAUGGCUUAUAACAAUGACUUUUAGGAUUAGGGACAAUAUGAUCAGGAGGAGUUUGCCAUGAGGAUGCCAGUGAAGAGUCACUUGCAAAGACUGGAUGUAAAUUGGGUUAUUAGUUGUAGUAAUUGUUGCAGCAAUUGAUGGAUGAGUUAGAUUUGGCAAAGAAGGAGAAGGAACAAUUGCGCAACAAUCUGAUCGAGUUAUCGUAAAUUACAACAGAUUCAUUUGAUGACUCGAAUAAAUACUUGAAUGAGGAUUAUCAAAGGUUGAUGCAGGAGUUUCAUGAGCAGAAUGCAUUACAAUUAGAAUAACACUAAUUCUUGAAACAAUAAGUGGAUCAGAUCAAUUUAGAUAGAAUCAAAUUGCAAUAAAAUACUAUUGUACUUGAGAACAGAGUUUAAGAUUCAGAAAAAGAAUUGGGAUUUGUUUGA